AUGGGUCGCGUCGAUCCCGAUCAUCGCUUCUGGGCAGUGGGAAGCUACCACAUAACCUCGUACGACAACCUAUUCCUUAGCAUCGAUCUCAUGCUCAAAGCUUCAUUGCAUCAUGCGUCUACUCGCGCACUACGACAUUCCAACCUCACCGACCAUUCCAUGAAUCACGCCGACUACCUACUACCGCCACUACCCGGCUGUGAUGACCUAAAACAGCCAACAACAAACAACUCAACACAGAGUAACGAUAUCUCAACAGAUGACAAGCCACCCACGCCGUACGACCUAUACAGUGAAGUCUACAAAGGCUACGACGCCUACCACUCCCAAAUCCGCAAACUCGACUGGCUAAAAGCCCACCGCGCACUCGCUACCUCCCCCGAAGUAAUGCCCCACACCACCUGGCUGAUCGAAACCCUCCAAGCCACCAUCACCCGCUGGGAAGCCGUCCUCCCUUACAUCGCCUCACCCUACCCCAUACCACCCAACAACCCCUCCGCUUUCACUUAG